AUGACCUGGAUAACUCUCCUUAUAUUGGCAUCUCUGAGUCUCGCCGCAGACGACCGUAUCAUUUCUCUGUGGAUUCCAAACACCGAUCCUCAACCCUUAGCCGGUUCUAUCGUUGCAGAGCAAGCAGGAACCACGACAUACAGCAUCAAUUGCCCGCCUGGCAUUGAUUACAAUAAUUGUGGAAUGGGCCCUGGCCUAUUUCUGACAACAGCCCAGAGCAGCGUGGAGUAUUUGAUAAGUGAGGGAAAGGACGAUGUGUACGUUCCCACGGCCCUUCGUUAUCCCAUGACUUGGAGAUCAGAGCCGAUCACUCAUGCUGGAACCAGCUACAAUCAUGUCGUCUGUACUUCAACCGAUAUUACCGGUGGGCUACGCACCUGCACAGCUACUGUUACCGGGAAAUCGGCCAAGAUGCCGGGCACCAGUAGCACGACUCUCAGUCAGGGCCAGGCGACGCCGUUGCCAGUGAGGAUUACUUCCGGCGCUGCUAAGACUAAGUCAGAGGCUACAUCCCCCGCUAUGGCCGGUGCGACUGCGACUCCUACUCCUACUGCUGGAACCAGCGAUGGGGUAGGUGGUCAAUCUGGAAGGCUGGAGCUUACUAUCCUUGUCUUGGCGUGUGUUGCUGUUCAGGCGCUGGCGGAAUCGUUGUGA